UCCUUCCGCUGCAGCCAGCCGUCUGCCCACGGGCGAACGAGCCGAGCCGCCUCGCGCCCCGGACCCACAGCGCCCUCGGCCCGCGGAGGAUGUCCCGGCAGGACCCCAGUGUCACAGCAAAACUCAUCAAUGGAGGCGUGGCAGGGCUCGUGGGGGUGACCUGUGUGUUCCCCAUCGACUUGGCCAAGACUCGACUUCAGAACCAGCAUGGGAAAGAUAUCUACAAAGGAAUGAUAGAUUGCCUGACGAAGACAGCGAGGGCGGAAGGCUUUCUGGGCAUGUACCAAGGAGCUGCCGUGAACCUCACCUUGGUCACUCCAGAGAAGGCCAUCAAGCUGGCAGCCAAUGACUUUUUCCGGCAGUUGCUCAUGGAAGAUGGGACGCAGCAGAAUCUGAAGAUGGAGAUGCUAGCUGGAUGUGGAGCUGGAAUGUGCCAGGUGGUGGUUACCUGUCCCAUGGAAAUGCUCAAGAUUCAGCUGCAGGAUGCUGGGCGCUUGGCAGUCCGCCAGGGCUCGGCCCCAGCACCCUCCUCCCCCAGGCCCUGCACCAUUGGCUCGGCUCCCACCCACAAGCGGCCCUCUGCCACCCUCAUUGCCUGGGAGCUGCUUCACACCCAGGGCCUGGCUGGUCUCUAUAGGGGCUUGGGAGCGACUCUCCUCAGAGAUAUCCCAUUCUCCGUCAUCUACUUCCCCCUGUUUGCCAACCUCAACCACCUCGGGCUCAACGAGCUCACCGGGAAGGCUUCCUUCGCUCACUCCUUUGUGUCAGGCUGUGCUGCAGGCUCCGUGGCAGCCAUCGCAGUAACGCCCCUGGAUGUUCUGAAAACUCGAAUCCAAACCCUCAAGAAAGGCCUGGGUGAGGACAGCUACAGUGGGAUCACUGACUGUGCCAGGAAACUCUGGAUUCAGGAGGGACCAUCUGCCUUCGUUAAAGGAGCAGGCUGCCGGGCCCUGGUCAUCGCCCCUCUCUUUGGGAUUGCCCAAGGCGUCUACUUCAUUGGUAUUGGAGAGCGCAUCUUAAAGUGCUUCGAGUAGACCCAGCUGGAGCUCAGGACCCUUCACUGGCUGCCAACUAUCCAGCCCACCUGAUCUAGAGGGGGAGGGCAGGCUGGCCCAGCACACUGUGUUCUGUGCUCUAAGUUGUAGAGCUGCUACCUGUCUCAGAAGAAACCACCUUAUUCUAAUGCGAGCUGGCUACAGCCCUAUUCUCCCUUCAGUG